GCCCGCCCUCAGUGCCACGGAGGCUGCGGGGGACGCCGCCCGCCCUGCGCCGGCUAUCCGCUCAACAUAACAUUCCUACAUCAUUGUUAUUUCAAAACAUAUAUUUACAGUAUUGGCUACAUAUUGAAUUAUACUGCAAGUCAAAGUGAUUGUGUGAAAUUAUCAUACGGCCUUCCAGCUGAUGACAAGCAAGGCCAUCCUCAAUUUACCGUUGAAACAGUGCCAAAUAAACCAAGGACAUUAAUAUCUGGUACAAAAUGGCCAUAAUAGCGAAUAACUAUUUUAAACCUACGAACAAAAUUUAUAAAAUGUACACCGUGCCAACAGUUUUAUUAAUGAUAUUGUUCUUUGGAGGGAGUUGUUACUGCGAUGUAGUUCUGAAUUCUACGGACAAAAUUAAAGUCGUAGUAGCUACGAGUAGCUCGGCUGCGCCCGCAACCACAGAGUAUAUCCACUCAACGAAGUCUAGCGUAAAACCGCCGAUGGUUACAGUGCCUCUGAGCACUAGCGCUGCUACGACAAAGGAGAGCUUUACAACUCAAGCGUACAUUAGUACAGAGCGGUCGACCACGACUCGCAAAGCGAAAACUCAAGUCGAGGCGAGUACAAAGGGGUUGCUUAAAUUUGCAAGAAGGCGAAAGUUGAACUCUACGUUUAGUACGCUCGGUGCAGUGCAUACAGCGCGUCUACAAGAUCGUCUCGGUGCUAUCGACUGUGAGCUGCCGGUUCUGCCGAGAGAAUCAAGAGUAUGGCGUGGCAAUGAAACCCAUGAACUUAAUUUGCCAGUAACGGUAAGUUGCUAAUAUAGACACUUUUUACUUUAAGCAAGUACCUAAUGUACGUAAUUUUUUAUUGUAAGAAAUAUAUUUAUUGGUAUUCUUAAUAAUAAUAUAAUAAUAAUUAACAAAUUUACAAAUUCUUUAAUGUAAUGUGUCAUUUUAUAUUUUCUCGUAUCUCUCAGACAUUCCCUGAGAAAAAUUCACUUCCGGCUGCUCAUCGGAUAACUCUAACGAAAAAUAAUAUAAUAAAAAUGAAAAUACUUAGGCACAUAAUAUAUAAUAGUUAUGAAACUAACAAUCGGCUCUUAUCAGUAAAAAACAUGUCACUUAUUAGUACUUAUAUUUAUUAGCAGAAUCUCUGAAAUCUAAGAAUUACAGAGAGCAAAAACUCAUACGAAACCUAAUCCAAUAAAUAUAAACUUUAAAACACCUAUAAAAUAAUUACACAUCGCUUGACCUAAAAUACCCGUUACACGAGUAUGAGUAGUUACCGACAAGAACAAUAUAAUAUUGUGCACGGAACAUAACUCUGAUAUAACAUUUUGGACCAUAACGUUAAUCGUGACGGCGCAGAGCAAAGCGAGGUCAAAUACAUAAACCAUAAAUCGUCCUAGCGCAAAAGGAAAAGAGAAAAAGCUUUUCUGCUUCAGCAGACCAAGUCUGUUCAUUACUUAUAUAAAAGGAAAAUGUCUGUACGUCUCGCACAGAAUACUAUGAGUGGCAUUUUCGAGAUUAGCACGCGUGGGCUAUAUAAUAUCUUGCUCAUCCAUGAUGUAUGAAAUGGCGAAUUUCUUAUAGGCGAACAAUAAAUAAAUCACGAAUUGAACUCGUAAAGCUAAAGAUAUUUUAUGCUCCUUACCUACGAGUAUAACGAAGUCCUCUGUAAAAUAAUUAAAUAAUUGGUAAAUAAAAUUGGGCAUCCUCAAAAUCGAUACAAUUGUUACACAUAUAAGAAAAAAAUCGUAAAAUAUAAUAAGCUCAAAAUAUAAGUUCAAAAAAUAUAAUAAGCUUAGUAAAAACUGCAAAAAGAUAAUAAUGACACACAGAGCUUAAAAGCAUUUUGUACUAUAAAAUAAAAGCAAAAUUGAACUUUGACAUUCCACCGGUUAUAUUAUUAUACGUAAAUCUAAUAUUGCAACGCCGACGCUUUUAACCUGUGAUUGUGUGGGAGGAAGAUAGGGAUGCGUAUAAGUUACGUUAAAAAGUAAUUAUAUUGUAGAUUGUAACAGUGUAUAUAUAAUGUAUCAUGUAAUUAUAUAUUGGAAAUAUUUCACUUACAUUAUCAGCCUCUCUGCAAUGCGGGUUACUCGUCCAGGGUGAUUGUCAGUCUAACGAUCACUGAUGUUAAUGAUAAACAGGACUAUAGCUUCAUGAGCUUUCCGAGAAAAUUUCUCCUGAUUUCUUGGAAGUAUCAAAAAUCAGGACUCGAAUCGAGGACUUUGUGAUCCAAAGCUAACUAUUGGACCAAAGAGGCAGUUGCAAAUAUUUAUGUAUUUAAAAAUCCUUCCCUGCUUCUCGCUCUACAAAAGGAUCUCUGAUGGCAUCGUACUUGAACGCCACAUCGUUUGGCGAUACCUUUCUACCGGUAGAGUGGUAACUAGCCACGGGACAAACCGUAAUAUAAACUAAUAUUAUAAAGGUAUAUUAUAAAGGUUAUCUAAACUAAUAUUAUAAAGCUGAAGAGUUUGUUUGUUUGUACGCGCUAAUGUCAGGAACUACUGGUCAGAUUUUAAGAUUUUUUCAGUGAUAGAUAGCUUAUUUAUCAAGGAAGGCGAUAGGCUAUAUUAUCCCCGUAUUCCUACAGGAACGGGAACCACGCGAGUGAAAUCGCGCAGCGUCAGCUAGUACAUUUAUAUGAAGCACGUUUUAAAUUUUUUUAUUAAGCUACUUAUAGUUGAAGUUUAUAAUUAAAACGUGUGCAACUUUGCGGCGUGGAUGUCGGAGGAGUGCGCGCUCCGGCGAGGAGGCGAGGAGGAGUGCCCCCCGGUCAUCGUGUCGUGGGAGGGGGCCGCUGACAUUCAGAGCGGAGAUAUCCUUAUCGUGCGCAUCGCAGACUCUUCCCCGCUAGACACCUUUGUUAGCGCCGACUCUACCAACGGAACUAUUGACACGAACUCUUCACAUGAUGAGGACAGGUCGCACCACACGAUCCCCCAGCCCGCCGUGUACCAAGUGACGCGGCAAGGACACGAACACUGCGACGUCUCUGACGGGAUGUUGCUCGAUAUUACGCCGUUAGACGAGAACGGAUCGAAAAUAUUCACUCUCUACGACAAGGACCUCACUGAAGGCGUUAAUUUAUUAAUAGUUGUAUCUGAGACUUGGGGGUCACAAUGCAUUCGAUUGAAGGUCACCGUGAAGUCGGACAACUGCGGCGAUUCCCAAGACUGUACAGGAAAGGGCGUCUGCUAUACAAAUGUAUCCAUGGAAGGCUACGAGUGCCAGUGCUGCCGCGGCUACGCUGGCCCGCACUGCGAGGACAGAGACGCGUGCAAUCCAUCACCCUGUCUGAACAAUGGCAUCUGCGUCGACCUCUCGCAGCCGCUCAACGGCGCUAACUACCACUGUCUUUGUCCAUACGGGUUCACUGGAAGGAAAUGUGAGAAGGACCCUUGUUAUUCUGAACCAUGCGUCAAUGGAGGAUCUUGUAUGAGCAUGGCAAUGAAUGGUUCCACAACAUUUCAUUGCGCUUGCGCCGAAGGAUGGACGGGCUCGCACUGUGAAGUGGCAGCUACUGGCGGCGCGUGCGCUGAGAAGCCUUGCGUCAAGGGGAUUUGCGUUGAGCAAACGGACAACGAGGUGGACGGAGAGAAGUACCGCUGCUUUUGUGAGCAAGGUUAUACAGGUGAUAGAUGCGAGUUGGAGUACAACGAGUGUGAGUCGUCCCCGUGUGCGAACGGCGGCACUUGCACCGAUCGAGUCAGCGGCUUCGAGUGCUCAUGUGGUCGUGGGUAUACGGGAAACACCUGCCAGACCAAGGUGGACCUUUGCAAGCCUAAUCCAUGUCCUGAGCGUCGUUACUGUUUGGACCAUGGGAACAGCUACUCAUGUGAAUGUCCCAGCGGUUUCGUAGGCCAAGAGUGCAACAGUGUCGCUACUGUCUGUGACAACAAUCCGUGCGCUCAUGGCGGCACGUGCUGGAGUGGAGUGGACUCUUUCUACUGCUCGUGUCGACCGGGAUACACCGGCAGGAUUUGUGAAGAGGACUUCAUUCUGGAAGCAGUGAUGGACGGCGAGAGUGAGCCGGGUGCGGAGUCCCACGGAGGAGGCUCGGUGCGCGAGAUGCACCUGCCUCUGGGCCUGUACCACGACCGUCUGCAUAAUGUGUACAUAGCCGCCGGGACACUCGGCGCGGCGAUAGCUAUCGUUGGGGUUGUGGUGACAGCUUGCCACUGCCGAGUCAACAAGACGUACUCGCGUCUGCUGUCACGCCUGUCACGUGUGACGGAGCCAGGGCCGCCCCACCACUGGCUGCAGGACAAGCGCGCACCCCCCGCGCCCUUCCAGCCCCCCGCCGCCCUCGACACCACCGACAUGUACUACACGCUCGACUUCAGCGACAGCCAGAGCUCCCCGCUCAUACAAUAGCCAUCACUCCUGAACUGCUCCGAUGGAGAGCGGUUCAAAAUACAGAUAUAAAUUCACAUAUGACCAUUGAUAUUAAAUUGCUCUCUCUGCUGCAAGCCACGUUACAGAACCUAUACUUAAGUUUUAUCCCUCUUAACUAAAAAACAUGGCUCUACAUUUGAAACUGUAUACAAAUUCCAUAAAUUCAGCCCUAGUAUAAAAUGUCUCUUGGUGUCUCCCGUGAUUGUGGUCCAUAGCAACAUUUAGAACUGUUUAGAGUUAUUGAAUACUAGAGCCGACGUGGUUUUUUUCUUUUAAUAAUUCACUAAUUACGAGUUACAAAUAUUAUAAUGCGCCAAAACUAUUUAAUUAAAAACAUUACGCCAAAAGCUUCAAAAGAUAAUAUUUACGUAAAAUAUGUUUUAAUUUGUAAUUCCUUAAUAUUUAAAUGUAAUUUUAAAAAUAACGUAGUUUUUUAAAUAAGAUUUAACAUCCUUGAUUACAAUUAAGUUUUAAAUAUCAGAAAUUUAACUUGAGCAGAGAUAGAAAAAUUAAAAGGAAAUCGCUGAAAAAUGCAAUGCUUUAAAUUUAAAUUCUAAUUACAACCGACUUCAAAAAAGAGAAGUUUCUCAAUUCGACACGAAUGUUUUUUUUUAUUUAUUAUUAUUGUUUGUUACCUCAUAUCUUCGUCAUUUAUUAACCAAUUUUGAUUUAUUUUUGUCUGAAAGAGUAUUGAACUUUCAGAUUAGUCCCAUUUAAUUUUUACGAAAAUAGGUUCAGUAUUUUUGUGUUAAAAUUAAAAUUAAUCUUUGAAGUCGGUUCCAUUUUUAUGUUUAUAAGAUUAUGUUAUGUUUGUUCCACAUUGUUGAUUCAUUAUCUAUCAAUUUAUUGUAUUGUUGUUAAUUGGAAGCUAAAGAAUUAAAAAAAGAUGUAAAGUUUGGUCACGUAAGGUGACAGAAGGUUAAAACGCAGAAAACAAAUUAGGUACGGCAUAUUUUAUGCGUAUUUAGUGAACAGGCCCUUUUUGUGUGUGAACAAACGUAGAUAGUAUGCAGUCAAAAGUAUUUACAACGCAAACUUUGCGACAACAUCGUGACGAUAAAGCUGCGGAAUGCCUUAGAAAGCGCUAACAUAAUUAUAAUAAUUAAAACGCAAAAAAUGUAAGGAGAGCGCAAAUCGCAACUCAUGUUGCGUUAAUCGCUUGCGCUACGUAUAAUAUUGACGAUCAAAUGGUAGUGUGAUAUUGCAAUUAGUACAGUACAGUUAAACUAGUAUUUAAAAGUGAGCUUUUACAAUAUGUUUUCUACCACGGAUUUGUAUAGUUUAUUAAUUUGAAUUAAUUUAGGUGUCUGUUUUAAAUCUUCAUGCCAAAGUAAUUAAGCGAUAUUUAUAUCCAUUAAAAUAUAAAUUGAUGGUGUUAUUGUUAAGAAAUAAAUUUUUGCUGGAUUUAGCAUAUUUGAUAGUUUGCGUUUAUGCGAUCAUUACGUAUUUUUAUAAAAAAAAAUCUACUUAUAUUUAAUAAUUUUAAUAGACAUUAAUUUAUUUAUCAACUAUACAUAAAAUAGUUAAUGUUCAUUGUUUUCCUUUUAUUUCUCCAGAUUAAAUUAAGUAAGAAAAUAUUAAUAAAAUCGUGUUUUUGAAUAACGCACAGAGCGUUUUUCAAUAAAGGUUUUGCCCUAAUAAUUAUAAUUUAUUCAGACAUUCUUAGGAGAUAGGCUUAUUAAGAUGAAAUGACUGACCUUCAACGUAGAGGCAUCACCUUCCAUUAUCUAUUACCUACCUUUCCACUCUUUCUCUAUCUAUCUCAAGAUUAUUAAAACGUAUAGAUUUUAAGAAACAAAUGUCUGCUCAGUCGUAGGUAGAACUAUUUCUAUUCUUCAUGAAAAUAAUUCUAUGUUCUCCGUGUGCUUUUGUGAAACGUUGCUUUUGGUGUACAUAAUUGAAGCUAAAUGUUGAUGUAAACCUUAAGAUAUAACUAUCAAAUAAAGGUACUUUCAACUA